UUUACUACUAUACUACUUACUACAUACUUACUUACUUAUUUCUACUCUCUAAAUCUCUAUGCUUGGCAUCAAAACAACUGUAACAAACCACAAUUUCCCUCGGGGAAUCAAUAAAAUAUAUCUGAUUUCUGGAUUCAUGUUAUAUGAUCUAAAUAAGGUCAAGAAUGAACUUUCUGUAACUGUUUGUGUGUGUGUGUGUGUGUGUGUGUGUGUGUGUGUGUUUUUUUUUUUUCCAGAAAUGGCCUCAAGCAGCAGCCUCUUAUCUGAGGAGCAGCUCCUCUGUCCCAUCUGCCUGGAUGUCUUCACUCGGCCAGUUUCCACUCCAUGUGGACACAACUUUUGCAUGUCCUGUAUCGCGUCUUACUGGGACGACAUACCUGUCAGCCAGUGUCCGGUCUGCAAGGAAAAAUUUAGGCUGAGACCGGACCUCAAGGUCAACACUUUCAUCUCAGAGCUUUCGUCACAAUUCAUGUCGCUUCAAGCGACAGACGCUCACAUCUGGAGUGUGGACCAACAGCCGGCUCGCCGUGGUGGAACCGUGCUGUGUGAUAUUUGCACCGACACCCAGCGAGAGGCUGUCAAGUCCUGUCUCGAGUGUCUGACUUCUUACUGCGACGUCCAUCUAGAACCUCAUCACAGAGCUGCCGGCCUGAAGAGACACACGCUGGUUGACCCGUUGGCGACUCUGGAGGACAGGAUCUGCAAGAAACACACCAGACUCCUCACACUGUUCUGUGUAGACGACGGGGUUUUGCUGUGUGACAUGUGCAACAGUUUGCGCCAUGUGAAGCAUAGCGUCACUUCUGUGGAGCGAGCGUUUAGAGAGAAAAAAUCUCUGCUGGGGAACGCUGAGACUAAAGUGCAGCAGAUGAUCCAGGAGAGGCUGCAGAAGAUCCGAGUCACGAAGGAGUCAGUGGAACAAAGCAGGACAGAAACCAAAGACGUGAUCGUAAAAAGCGUGCAGGACUUGACGGCGCUGAUCUCUGAGAUCCAGAAGAGCCAGGCGGAGCUCGUAAAGGUGAUCGAGGAGAAGCAGAAAGCAGCAGAAGAACAGGCAGAGGGGUUUAUUAGCAGCAUGGAGAGAGAGAUCACAGAGCUGCAGAAAACAACGAUGAAACUGACGGAGCUGAAACAGACUGAAGACCAGCUUCGUUUCCUCCAGAGUUUCCCGAACCGAUCCAUCCUGCCACACAUGAUGGACUUGUCCACGUUUGACUUUAACAGACAAGCAGCGAUAGACCACGUACGGACAUCUUUGAACAAAUCAGUGUCUCAGCUGCGAAUGUCAAUAAAUAAAAUGAACACAGAAAUACAAAAACUCUCUGACGGUACAGACGUGUCCAACGAUGCUACGCUGAGAUACGUGCAGCAGUAUGAAGUGGACGUAGUGCUCGACCCCGACACGGCU